GGUAUAAAUGUUUUUUUCCUCUCGUGAGAUGUUUCGAAGGAGUAUUCAAGACACCUGUCAAGAAGAACCUGGAGUGUAGCCCGUACAUUGGUCGCCCUGCUUCGAUAUAACUCAAAGCAUGGAAUAAAGAAGUCAUUUUGCAUCGAUACAGACUGGACGAAUCAAGCCUGAUUGCGCGCUUGAAAACCAAACCAUUGCGCAUUUAAAGCUUCCAUCUCUCCAGCACCAGUCGUGUUGUUUAGAACUUUGAUAUACCACAUGUGACUCUUUAUAUUGUGGUUUUCCCCAUAGACGGUUUAGUUUUUCCAUUCGGACGCAACGGACAAAUGCUUUUCCAUCAAUUUGUUAACGGAGGUCUGGAGACAAUGCAUCCCACUAUUCAGAAUGACACUGCUUUCACUAAGAUCUUUGUCGGUGGUUUACCUUAUCAUACCAACAAUGCAUCCCUUCGAAAAUACUUCGAGACGUUCGGGGAUAUUGACGAGGCCGUUGUGAUAACGGACAGACAAACCGGGAAAUCCCGAGGAUACGGCUUUGUGACUAUGAUGGACAGGGGGGCGGCAGAGCGGGCAUGUAAAGACCCCAACCCCAUCAUCGACGGUAGGAAGGCUAACAUCAACCUGGCCUACCUGGGAGCCAAGCCCCGCAGCCCACAGACAGGUGUCUCCAUCGGUGUGCAGCAGGUCCAUCCCGCCCUGAUCCAGAGGCAGUAUGGAUUGGCCCAGCAGUAUGGGUACCCCCAGGCCUUCCUCCAGCCCAGCCUGUUGCUCCAGUCCCACCUCAGCCCCUCUCAGGCCUCCCUCUCCUCCCCGUAUCUGGACUAUAGCUCAGCCUACGCCCCCUACACCUCCACCCCCUCCACUGGCCUGGAGCUCUACCCCUACGCCCCCUCGCCCUCCGCUAGCUACCUCCGCUACUGCUACUCCCCCGCCACACCAGGCCCUACCAUGUCUGCCCCCCCCACCCCUCCCACACCCAUCCACCUCUCCCUCAACCCCCUCGCUGGCCUCUCUGCCCCCCCUGCAGCCUACCUCCAAUAUCCCCUCCACCACCCCGACCGUAUGCAGUGAGGGGGGCCUGGGUUAUGGAGGUGGGUGAGUGUAAUCGGAGGGGGACACUCAUGACGACAACGUCUGGAGACUUGGAACAAGAGGAUUAUUGCACUAGGACCUGUGACAUCAUCAGGACGAGACUCCCGACAACCAAGGAGAGUGGGGUCAGAAUCAAAAGGGCUUUGUGAAAACAAACAAAACACACUGAGAUUUCUUCCUGUUUUUCUAUUAGGGUUAUUAUCCAUUAUUGUUAUCAUAGUUGUUACUAUACUACUAUUGCUGUUGUCGCCAAUGUUUAUAUGAAUGUUUGAAGAGCUCUCCUUGUGUCCAAUGUCAAACGUGAUGGAGUCAAUGGAACAUGAGAACACAAGACGAGGAGAAUGAAUAAUUCUAGAACCUACCACCUUCCACUCCUUACCGGCAGAGACCACCCACCCUCGUACACAAGUAGCUCAGGCUUUUCUGAGCAGCCCUUUAAUGCAGUGGAUGGGGUUUGAAGGUUGGGCGAAGGUGAGUUGGAUAGCCAUUAUAUUUCACCAGAUUCUCCGCCUCACUCUUCCAGAAGUACUACUGAACAUUUCAUUAGCGAGGUGAGACAGACGCAGCAUCAUAGAGUUAGAAUACUAGAAUGGACAUGAACCUUCUUAUGAUGAUCCAAAGGUCAGCCAUGUUGGUCAGGGACUUGGUCAGGGAGUUGGAACCAUGGUUUGCCAGUGCUGUGAUAAAGCAAUUUAUCAGCAGUGUUAGCUAGCUAGCCAGCCAGGUUUAGAGAAAUGAUUCUAUAAAUUUGUCAAAUUAGCUGCCAAUAUGCCAACAUUCCAUUCAAAAAAUCGUGAAUUCACAGCCAUACACUGGCUCAAAUCAGUUAAUGGGACUUAGACAAGUUGUAAAUGCAACAAGUACUGAUAUUGUAUCACAUAAUAGCACUCACAGCUUUCUGUUUACAUAUAUUUCAGAGGCAAUUUUAUAGCCCCAUUCUAGUAAUUGAGUAGGAUUUACAGUACCUUCAGAAAGUACUCAUACCCCUUGACUUAUUCCACAUUUUGUUGUUACAGCCUGAAUUCAAAAAUGAUUUAACAAAAAAUAAUCAUCUCACCCAUCUGCACACAACUCCCCAUAAUGACAAAGUGAAAACGUGUUUUUAGAAAGUUUAGCAAAUGUAUUGAAAAUAAAAUACUGAAAUAUCUAAUUUACAUAAGUAUUCACAUCCCUGAGUCAAUACUUUGUAGAAACACCUUUGGCAGCGAUUACAGCUGUGAGUCUUUCUGGGUAAGUCUCUAAGAGCUUUGUAUACCUGGAUAUUUGACCAUUUUAUUAUUUUCAAAAAUCUUUAUGCUCUGUCAAAUUGGUUGUUGAUCAUUGCUAGACAUCCAUUUUCAGGUCUUGCCAUAUCUUUCCAAAUAGAUUGAAGUCAUAACUGUAACUCAGCCACUCAGGAACAUUCACUGUCUUUUUGGUAAGCAACUCCAGUUUAGAUGUGGCCUUGUGUCUUAAGUUAUUGUCCUACUGAAAGGGGAAUUAAUGUCCCAGUGUCUGGUGGAAAGCAGACUGAACCAGGAUUUUGCCUAUGCUUAGCGCAAUUUUUUUAUUUUUCCUGAAAAACUCCCCAAUCCUUAAUGAUUACAAGCAUACCAAUAACAUGAUGCAGCCACCACUAUGCCUGAAAAUAUGUAGAGUGGUACUUAGCAAUGUGUUGUAUUUGAUUUGCCCCAAACGUAACACUUUGUAUUCAGGAUAUAAAAUAUAAAGGAUAUAAGGAUAUAGGAUAUAAAAAAAUUGCUUUGACACAUGUUUUGCAGUAUUACUUUAGUGCCUUGUUGCAAACAGGAUGCAUGUUUUGGAAUAUUUUUUAUUCUGUACAGGCUUCCUUCUUUUAACUGUCAAUUGGGUACUAUUGGGGAGUAACUACAAUGUUGUUGAUCCAUCCUCAGUUUUCUCCUAUCACAAACUCUAUAAUCACAAACUCACCCUUGGCCUCAUGGUGAAAUCCCUGAGUGGUUUCCUUCUUCUCCGGCAACUGAGUUAUCCUUGUAAUGACUCAAUGUAUUGAUACAUCUUCCAAAGUGUGAUUAAUAACUUAACCAUGCUAAAAGGGAUAUUCAAUGUGGCUUUUUUUUUUUUUUUAACUCCAUGGUCGAUCGAGGAACACCUCCCUGGUGUUUGUGGUUGAAUGUGUGUUUGAACUUCACUACUCAACUGAGGAAACGAACAGAUAAUUGUACGUGUGGGGUACAGAGAUGAGGUAGUCACGCAAAGAAUAAUGCUUAACACUAUUAUUGCACACUGAGUGAGUCCAUGCAACUUAUAAUGUGACUUGUUUACUCAUGAAUUUAUUUAGGCUUGCAAUAACAAAGGGGUUGAAUACUUAUUGACUAAAGGCAUUUCAGCUUUCAUUUUGUAAUCAUUUAGAAAAAUGUUGAAAAACAUAAGUUUGACAUUAUAGUGUGUAGGCCAGUGACAAAUUCUCAAUUGAAUCCUUUUUAAAUUCGGGCUGUAACGCAACAAAAUGUGGGUAAAGUCCAGGUGAAUACUUUCUGAAGGCACUGUAUAUGGGCAGCAUCCUCUCCUGGACAAUCUUCAGGAAUACCUUUCUGUACGUGGCCUUAUCACCUCUGUACAUUCUAUUCUCUCUUUCAGAAUUUUGUUCUAUGUCCAUUUCCUCAAGAUUCAUUCCUCCAGUGGAAAAUGUUUAUGCACUCUCUGUCUCUGCUUGUCCGUCUAUCUGCUCUAUUCCCAUUUUCCAUGUCCUCCAUAUUUGUGAGUAAAUUAUUGCAGAUUGAGAUAAUCACAAUUUCACUGAAUAUGCCAUUAUUAUUAUUAUUCUAAUUUAGUAUGGGAUGAAUAUGUAUAAGGUAGACACCACUGUAACAUAUGCUUUUUAUAUGAUUGUUACCCUAAGAUAUUCAUGUCAAAGCAGAUUUUAGUAAAGUAUGUAUUUCCAUAUUCAUCAUCAUGGGGAGACCUGCAACAGCUGGGGUAACAGACUAUCUCAGUAUUUUUUAACAUGAGCAGAUGCAGAAAAAAUUCCAGGCGAAUGUAGUCUGUACUAUUUGGUAUUGGAAUAGUAAUGUUAUAACGAUACAAUAGUUGUCUAUCAGGGAAGGUGAAAUGAUCUCUGCUAGAACGUUCGUGUCCAUACUUGACUGGUUGAUGCUAUGGGAGGGGGGGUGUGCGAUUCAGUAGUUGUGUGUGUGUGAGGCAGUGAGUACGCGUGAGUGUGCCAGUGUAUGAGUGUGUUUUUGUUAGCUUCAGUGUCAGCCCCCAUUGUGAGAGUCAGCGUUGUGCCAUUGUCUCUGGGCCAGCUGCAGUUUAGGGUACAGAGCUGCUCCAGGAGUCUCUGUCUACAUAACCACCUUAUUCACAUGUAUGAUGAAGCCAUACAACCACAAGAAAAUAUGCAUAAUAAAAAUAAUUUGUAAUUAAACAAAA